UACCAGGGCACGGGAAAAGCACCAGAAGUUUUUCGGCGGCGGCGGCGCCCCGGGAUGCCACCUGCGGGCAGCCGGCCGCUCCCAGCCCUCCCGGGGCCGGCGGCGGGGCAGAGGCGGCACCGCGGGCGCGGACCGAGGCCCCCGGGGCGGGACAGGGGCUGAGGCGGAGCCCGGCCCGGCCCGGCGCCAUCCCGGCAGCCGCCCGGCUAUUCGCGCUCGGGAGAGGCGGCCGGCGCGGAGCGGAGCGCAGGGAGCUCCUCCUCCCCCCGUCCCCGGCGGCAGCAGGGAUGGACGAGAGGGACGGUCCCCCCGUGCCGUCACUGCUUCCCCAGACCGGGCUGCCUUCGCUGCCGGCGGCGGGCGGCGGGCGGCGGGAGAAGGGCACCGCGCGGCUGAUUCCCGGCGCUCUCCGGUCCUGCCGCGGAGGUGGCUGACGGCUGUCCAGGCGAUCCAGCGGGCUCGGUUUGUGAUGCUCGGUCUUCCCCUUCCCGGCUCUCCCUCUCCCCGAGUCCGGUGUCUGCGCGGUGCAGUGUGCGGGCUUGUCUUUCCCGUUUCUUCUUCUUUGCCUAAUCUGAAGAAGACACUUGCAGAAGUAGCGAAGUGAUGUGAAGUUGUCUUCCAAGAUGACUCUUCUACCUGGGGAAAAUUCCGACUAUGACUACAGUGCCCUGAGCUGUGCUUCAGAUACUUCCUUCAACCACACGUUCUUUCCAGAAACAGAAACCCUCAAGGGAGUCUUUUACCAAAGAGCCAAGCUAAUUCACCCUCAAGAGGACCUCCUGAAAGGCUUUCACCCUGAUGAUCGGAAGCAUCAUAUUAUUAUAAACGUAGGGGGCAUUAAGUAUUUGCUCCCAUGGACCACUCUUGAUGAAUUCCCAUUGACACGUUUGGGACAACUGAAAUUCUGUAAUAAUUUUGAUGACAUUCUAAACAUCUGUGAUGAUUACGAUGUGACAUGUAAUGAAUUCUUUUUUGACCGCAACCCAGGGGCGUUCAGGACAAUCCUGACCUUUUUGCGGGUUGGAAAACUUCGACUCCUGCGUGAGAUGUGUGCGCUGUCUUUCCAAGAGGAGCUGCUCUACUGGGGAAUUGAGGAAGACAACUUGGACUGGUGCUGUAAAAGGAGAUAUCUGCAAAAAAUGGAGGAGUUUACAGAAAUAAAUGAACGAGAGGAUGACCUCAUAGAAAAUGAAACAACAGGUGAAACAGUAGAGGAGACAAAAAUUGGCUUGUGCAUGAAAAAGUUGCAAGACAUGGUGGAAAGGCCCCAGUCUGGCCUCCCUGGAAAGGUGUUUGCUUGUUUGUCUGUUUUAUUUGUAACUAUUACAGCAGUGAACUUAUCCAUCAGCACCAUGCCUGACCUGCGGGAGGAGGAGGAGAAGGGCGAGUGUUCCCAGAUGUGCUACAAUAUUUUCAUUGUGGAGUCCGUCUGCGUGGCAUGGUUUUCCCUGGAGUUCCUGCUAAGAUUCAUCCAGGCAAAGAGCAAGUUUGCGUUUCUGCGGAGACCAUUAACCCUGAUAGACAUUAUAGCCAUCCUGCCGUACUACAUCACUUUGCUAGUGGACACCACUUCGGUGGGCUACAAAAAGCCCAGCUCUGGCAGCAUCUACCUGGACAAAGUAGGUCUGGUCCUCCGUAUUCUCCGUGCCUUGAGGAUUCUGUACGUCAUGCGGCUGGCCAGGCACUCCCUGGGGCUGCAGACGCUGGGGCUGACCGCCCGCAGGUGCACCCGGGAGUUCGGUCUCCUGCUGCUCUUCCUCUGCGUGGCCAUCGCACUGUUUGCACCGCUCCUGUACGUCAUCGAGAACGAGAUGGCGGACUCGCAGGAGUUCACCAGCAUCCCCGCGUGCUACUGGUGGGCUGUCAUCACCAUGACCACGGUAGGCUACGGGGAUAUGGUUCCCCGGAGCAUUCCCGGCCAGGUGGUGGCACUGAGCAGCAUACUGAGUGGCAUCCUCCUCAUGGCGUUUCCAGUCACCUCCAUCUUCCACACGUUUUCACGCUCCUACCUUGAGCUAAAGCAAGAACAGGAAAGAAUAAUGUACAGGAGAGCACAGUUCCUGUUGAAAACAAAGUCUCAGAUAAGCAGUGCGUCGCAAGGGAGCGAUAUUUUAUUCCCCAGUAUCUCCUCUGAGACUAGGGACAAUGAAUGAAAUUUAAGUUACUAUUUCUCCUGAUGUCAAGUAACGGUUUGUUGUAUCAGAUUCCAUCUUUUAAUUUGCUUUGGAAGCGUUUUACAAAGGUAACCCUCGUAUUAAAAUGAAGAAAAGGAGCUAUUAACCGGGAGCUGAUGUGGUUUAAGAAGUCUAUUAUUAUGCUGUUUCUCCCCCCCACCCAAUAUAACGUCUAGGACGGAUCUUUCACUGAGAUCAUACAGUGGGAUUUUAGGAAUGAAAAGUUCUCUGACAAAAAAAAAAGAACAGCGUAUAGUUAUGUACUUGACAGGCUGUUGUGCCAUUUGUAAUACACAUUUUUCCAACCGAAUCACAAUGCAUACAAUCAUUAAACAGGCUGCCAUUUUUCUUGUUCUUCUUGUAUAUAAAUAAUGUAAAUACAACACAAUUAAUGGCUAAAUUCUCUCCCAGUAAAACGCCUUAGAGCGUAAUGGAAAUAACCACAGAUGUUUGUCCCGUUGUGCUCCUUAAAAAAAAAAUUAAGAUUUGUCAUUCACAACAGCAACGGUGUAUUUCUUUGUAAGUCAGCCCUAAACACACCAGGGAAGAAGAAUCGCGCUGUUUGUAUCGUAACCUUGCUAAAGAUGUAAAUACUUGUAGCUCACCAGCUUCAGCGUUUCACUGACGUUCCAGCGUGGAUCCCAUGUCACUGAACGCGGUAUUCCCAGGAGCAAAGUCUUUCAGUUUUGUAGCAUUUAAUAUUAUUAUCAAGAGGCGACUAGCUGCAAAUCAAAUGCAAUAUGCAUGAUGAGAUGCCAGUCAUUCCCUGCCAUCUGUUUCCAUGUUUUUCCUCUACCUCGGCUAUGAACAGAAUUCGGAGAGGCCUGUUUCCAGGGGACACCCUACCAUUACUUGGCAGAUCGAUGCUGCGGGUACCCAUUCACAUGCAGCACUUGGCUCUUUAAAAGGAGCAGAAAAUAUACGGUCGUGGGAAGCUGCCAAUGAUGAAAAAAAGAAAAUAUCAUUUGAGUCAUGGAGUGGGGGGGGGGUACCGACAGCUUUAUACUUCGCUGUCCUCAGUCAUGAGGGACUUAAAACUUAAUUAGCUGUACCUUUGCCAUCAUUACAGACCUCAGAGCAACAGCGAAAAUCUUAAAUAGGGUAUGAAAAA